AUGAAACUGUGGCUAGCUAGUGUAUGCGCUCUCCUCGUUUCGCUUUCAGCUGGUAAGUGAACAUGUCCCACAGGGGAUGGUUCUGACAUUUUUCGUAAUGAUUUAAUCAAUUAGCCUUGUGGGGAUAUAGAGUGCAAUAAGAGAGCUUGGUAUCUUGUCAGUAUUCUCCCAGUUUAUGCUUGGUAGUUUUUGAUCAUUUUUCGCAAAUGCUCUUUCCCCAUUUAUUGACCUCUGCAGACAUAACGCGAGGCGGAGCUCGCAACUUAAAGAGGAAAAUGUGUCUGUGUUCAUGUAGUGUAUAGAGCGCCGACGACAAAGUUUUGAAGUGAAAUAAUGAGUUUGAAUGUGUGAUUUUCAGAUAUAUAACUGCGUCGUGUAGUGAUUUAUUUUUAUCAGAAGUUAGUUCGCGUAAAUGUUAAAAUUUAAGUAAAGUGCGUUUUAGGCUAACAGAGGAGUAUUACAGUUCCCUGAACAAACUAUUAAUAGUUGCCACUUACUGUUCCCUGAAAAGUUCCAUAAUAGAAUACUGGGUGGGAUGGAAUGGUUGUACUAUGAUGUCAAAAAUUAAUAAGAUCAAAAAAUUGAUUGAAUAGCUUUGUCCAAACUCAAUUUAUUUGCAUGUUGCUUAAAUUUUCUUCUUAGGGAAGAGAAACGCAACAAUUUAACAUUCAUGCAAUAUUUUCAGUUCUAGCUCUCAAAUGCCAAGAAUGUGCAGACAUCUCAGGAUACCCAUCAUCAUUCAGUUCGUGCACCAGUCAGGAUACCAAAUCCAUCGAAUGCACUUCUCCAGGCUUUGAUAGCUGUAUAACUUUCAAAAUGACCGUGCAAAGACCUGGGGGAGAUCCACUCAACGCGGAGAUGAGGAAUUGCAGCUCCAGGAGCUUGUUUUGUGACAAGAACAGCAACCUCGAUUGUAAGUGAAUAUUUGCUGCGACAAUCUUGAGAUCGGUGCUCCUUUCUUCACUCCCCCCUACCCCCUCCCCUCCCCCCUCAUGAUACAUGGAAGGGGUUUAAUAAGCUUUCAGACUUAUAGCAGUGGGACACACCGUCAAUCAUUUUAUGAUUUUCAAUGAUAUUCGUUGUAGCUAAUGAAAAAGAAAAUGUCAAUGAGCCUAGCAAAAGCACAUAUAGAUGAUAAUGCUCGAGAAAUAUUACAUCAUAAUUGGAGUCUACAUGUCGCACAAAGAGGCAAUUGUUUCUUGUCUACAUCAAAACGGAAAAUUAAACUUUUCCAAAUUUGUCCUCUUCUUAAAGCGUAUCCGAAAAGUUCCGUUUUCCUUGGGUAAUUUUAAUCCCGAAGCUACUCCAGCUGUUCCUGGAUAUAGAGUUUCGUUCGCAAAUCUAUUCGGGAGUAUAGCGGUUAACUGCAAGUCCUCAAAGGGUCAAAUGAUUAAGCCCCAAUCCUCUCUACUAAACUUACCUUAGCGUGAUGUUUUCUUUGCAGUGUGCAAACUUACCAACGACAGUACUGGUGGCAUGUUGACUGCUUGUUCCACAGUCUGCUGUGAAGGUGACAUGUGUAACAAAGAUCCUGCCCGCCCUUGGAGUCUUCGAGGAUUACUUCGCGGAUUAAACUAAAUGAAAUUGACAAUUUGUGAUUUUUAAU